GCACUCCCUGUAGGACCUUGAUCUCAGCAAGAAAGCAAUGUUCUUUUUUUUAUCACACAGUCUAACACAUUCAGAGCGUGGAUCUAUAGGACACAACACUCGUAAAAGUAAAUAGGACCACCAAUCAUGGAUUCCCAGGAUGAAGUUCCAUUUCACAUUGUCAGCCCACUGAAAGAAAGCUCUGCAUUGUCUAGGAGGGCUGGAACCCGGGUUCUCAUAAAACUGGAGAACAUACAGCCAGUGGGCUCCUUCAAGAUACGAGGUAUAGGACACUUUUGCCAAAAGCUAGCCAAGGAGGGAUGUAAGAAAUUUGUCUGCUCCUCAGGAGGGAAUGCUGGACUGGCAGCUGCAUAUGCCUGUAAUAAACUGGGGCUGCCUGCCACAAUUGUUGUGCCUGAACAGACUCUGAAGGUCGUCAUCCAAAGACUUCAGGAUCUGGGAGCUGAAGUGGUAGUAACAGGCAAGGUUUGGGAUGAUGCAGAUGCCCAUGCUCACCGCUUGGCUGAGGCUCCAGGUUCUGUGUACAUCUCUCCAUUUAACCAUCCUCUGCUUUGGGAAGGUCACUCUAGUCUGGUGCUGGAAUUGAAAGCAGCUCUGGGGAAUCAGAAGCCGGGAGCUCUUGUGCUUUCAGUAGGAGGUGGAGGGCUCCUUUCUGGAAUUAUAGAAGGACUUACCAGGGUUGGGUGGUCUGAUGUGCCCAUCAUUGCCAUGGAAACAUUGGGAGCACACUGUCUGAAUGCGGCCCUUGAAGCUGGGAAAUCUGUAACUUUGCCUGACAUUACUAGCAUUGCCAAGUGCCUAGGUGCAAAAACAGUAUGUGACCGAGCUCUGGAGUGUGCAAGAAAAUACAAAGUUACCUCUGUGGUCGUGGAUGAUAAAGAAGCAGUGCAAGCUAUUGAGAUGUUCCUGGAUGAUGAACUGAUGCUGGUGGAGGCUGCAUGUGGCGCCGCCCUUUCUGCAGUAUAUUCAGGACACAUCCAGCGCCUGCAACAAGAGGGCAAGUUACAACAGCUACAAGGACCAUUGAUAAUGGUUGUAUGCGGGGGAAGCGCCAUCAGUCUCUCUGAGCUUCAGAACUUUAAAUCCAAACUGGGAAUGGUUUAAUCCUUUGAAAUAAAAUCAUUUAAAACAGCGUCUGUUUUGCAAACCAAAAAAAAAAGACAGUUGCUUGGAAUGUUUGUAGCAGACUUGGCAAUACUUGGUUUGUUCACAAGAGGGAGUCACGCCACAAAUAAACAUUGUCAAUAAUAUGAGAACAAAA